UAUCCAUUUCAGUCACUGAGUCCUGUGUUGGACGUGAGACACAUGUCUGAGAGUCGUGGUGCCAUGGAGCGGUGGUUGGUUCUCCUCCUUGCCUUGACUUUGGUUAGUGGGAACUUUAAUGUGAGUCUCGAGGAGGUGGCUACUGUGUUUUUGCCGACAACUGGACGAGAGUGGGAUUACAAAGUUGUCCAACGUGCGACCUACGAUGCCGACACCAAGCUCCUUUACGUUGUUGGUGGGCUAAGCAGGUUCGUGAUUGACAUGAAGAACCCCCCGAACCUCGCCCCCGUUCGCACGGACUCCUCCCCGCAAGGUAACGUGGAGUACACCGACAUCUCCUGCUGCGGCAACCACUUCAUCCAGACAACCCAUGACACUGCCUACCCACCCAACGGAACCGUCAAGAUAUUCAAAAAGUUCGACGCAAGUAGACCAACAGAAGAGGUCUUCUCUGCCCAAGUUGGCGAGAACCCGAGUUGUGUGAGAUUCCUUUCUGGGUGUAGGACGGCUAUUGUUACUGUCAGAGGAAGUGCUUACAAAUCCGGAAGUGAUUUCAUUGACCCCCAGGGCAAGGUCCUUCUUGUCCGCCUCCCAGGAGCCAGGUACGCUGGAAGCUUCGCCAGCAACGUUCACAUCACAACGUUGGAUUUCACAAAGUUUGAUGCAAGGGUCAGCGAGCUGCUCAGAGGGGGAGCGAGGUUUGUGUACCGGGACCGUCACAACAACUUCUCCAACGACGUCGACCCAAACAAGAUUACGGUGACACCGGACGGGAAGACGGCGUAUAUUGGUCUGCAGCGCAGCAACGCCGUGGCUAUGUUGGACGUGAGCUCCGGGAACAUCGUCAGCAUCCGUGGUCUCGGACUAAAGAGCUGGAGUGACCUCCUGAUGGACGCGUCCGACCAGGAUGGGGGUAUCAAUAUGAGGGCGUGGCCUAUCUCCAGCUACUACCUCCCUGACGGCAUUGAGUACAUGACACACAACGGCAACAACUACAUCGUCACAGCCAACGAGGGCGACGACUACGACUACAGCGAUAUGAUAUCAUGGAAAGAGGAAAUGAGAGGGCGAGAAUUUGUGGAAAACAACAUGACAGCAGAUUCUCUGAGUAGCGAGAUGAAGACAUGGCUGGCCAACGAUACCAUGCUAGGGAGAUUGACGUUCACAACUCAGAACGGAGAGAAUAAUGUCACUGGUGGCUACAGCAAGUUCGUCACGCUAGGCAGUCGCAGUUUCUCCAUCUGGAACGCCACAUCCAUGAAGCAAGUGUACGACAGCGGGGACGACAUCGAGAGGACACACGCCGAUCUAUACCCCGACCUCUUCAACGGGGAUGUGAAUGGCACUAACACGCCCACACAGGACGCAGACAAGACGUCGCCGGAGAGGGGUCCUGAACCGGAAAGCGUGUCAGUUGGUGCAAUUGGUAGACUCUCUUUGAUCUUCAUCGGGAACGAGGAUCCAGGAACUAUCAGCGUCUACUCCAUCCUUGACGGAAUCAAACCAAGACUCGAGUGUAUCUGGGCUGGGGUGACAAACACAUCACUGACGUGGAGAAGUAUGUUUACCAACAAGGAAAUGAAGGGCGUCGCCCCAGAACACAUCAUAUUUUUGCCAAAGGACAAAAGUCCUACAGGGAGGGAGGCAAUCAUUGUGAUGGGUACGAAAGCGGGAUCUGUGACGCUGCUGAACGUGGUACUAACAGGAACGAUCCCUCCAGCUAGUCAGGCCAGUGGACUACAGGCGAGCCUUCUGUUGCUGGCUGGCAUCCUCAUCCUACACGGGGCAAUCAAGUGGUGUUUCUGAAGAUGCUAUUGUCUGCUUGCAAAACGUCAUACGUAUCACUGUUAUGCCGUAACAGACUACCACUGAAGGAUGUAGCGUCAUAUCACACUACCACUGGAGGAUGUAGCGUCAUAUCACACUACCACUGGAGGAUGUAGAGUCAUAUCACACUACCACUGGAGGAUGUAGCGUCAUAUCACACUACCACUGGAGGAUGUAGAGUCAUAUCACACUACCACUGGAGGAU